CGCAUUUCUUGGUGUCGAGCUGUAGGGGCCUGCCCAGGUGGCAUUCUACUUAGUCUUUGAGCAUACAUAGACAAAGACACAGAUAAAGACACCGUCGUAUUUCAGCGGCCAAUUACCCACAAACCUCAAAUCACCCGACACAGAAAAGCUUUGCAGAAACUUCACGCGCGCACAAGUUCACCACGAACACCGCCCCCCGACUGAACCCAGCCUCGAAACAACAAUAACCAGCAGCCAACAUGUCCAACUCCAAGGGUUCCGCCUACGGGACGCCCGCGAGCGACACCUCGUUCCGCAAGAACUGGGACCUGGAAGAGUACGCCGCGAAAGCCAAGACGCGCGAGGCCGCCGAGAAGGAGGAGGCAAAGGCGCGCUACGAGGCCAAGCUCGCGGGCAAGAAAUACUACAAGCCCCUGACGGGCGAGGAGACGCACACGGCGGCGCGGCGCAAUGUGCUCGACCUCGAGGCGAAUGUCGGCAAGACGAUGCUGGUGCCCGCGGGGGCGGGCGUGGGCAAGAGAGGACGCGGCGCGGGCUUCUACUGCGCAGCCUGUGACCUCACGUUCAAGGACAAUAUCCAGUGGGUCGAGCAUGUCAAUUCCAUGCAGCAUCUGCGGAACAUUGGCGAGACGGGCGAGGUCAAGAAGGCAACAGCCGACGAUGUGCAUGCACGGAUAGAGGCUCUGUGGGAGAGGUUGCAGGAGCAGAAGAGGGCGGCUACCACAACGCUGAAAGAGCGGUUGGAGCUAAGAGAGGAAGAAGAUGCCAAGGAGCGCGAAGCGAGGAGACUCAAGCGACUUGAGGAUGCGCAGAAGAGGAAGGCGGAGCGCGAAGCGGCGGAAAAGGUCAAGGUCGAGUAUGGUGAGGACGUGCGGGUGGAGGGCGAGCACGAUGAGGAUGACAUGAUGGCGGCGAUGGGAAUCACUGGGUUUGGAGGGUCGAAGAAGAAGUAGCGUUUGGUCUGGUCGCCGGAGCGUAUCCCUGCAAAGCAGACCAAGGACACUUCAUUUGGCGUUGGCAUUUUGGGCAAGAACGGCGUUUGGCGUAAAGAUCAAGAUACCUCUGAUAAUCAUACCCCGUGAGAUCUGCAUGUGAC